AUGCUCGUCAAAGUCCCGCUCGUGGCUGCUGCCGCCUUCGCCACGGCCGUCAGCGCCGUCGCCGUACCUGCCGACAUCGAGCUCAUGAAGAAGUCGUAUAUCGAGCGCCUCCACAAGCGCUCGACGAGCCUCGCCAAGCGCAACUCGCUCACGACCGGCGUCUCGGACGCGACCAUCCUCAACUUUGCCCUCACGCUCGAGCACCUCGAGGACACGUGGUACAAGAUGGCGCUCGAGAAGUUUACGGCCGCCGACUUCGAGGCCGCCGGCUACACUGGCCUGUACCCGCUCCUCGAGCAGGUCUCGCGCGACGAGACGUCGCACGUCGGCUUCCUCAAGGCCGCCCUCGAGGCCGCCGGCGCGACGCCCGUCCAGGCGUGCAACUAUUCGUUCCCGCUCACGACCGUCAAGGACUUCCUCUCGCUCUCGCAGGUCGUCGAGGGCGUCGGCGUGUCGGCCUACCUCGGUGCGGCGGGCGCGAUCCACGAGCCGGACUACGUUACGGCCGCCGGCUCGAUCCUCACGGUCGAGGCUCGUCACAACGCCUUUGUGCGCUUCCUCAACAACUACACGCCGUUCCCGCAGCCAUACGACACGCCGUUGUCGGCCACCAACGUCGUGACGAUCGUCACGCCGUUCUUCGACUCGUGCCCCGAGGGCUCGGCGCCGACGAUCAAGGGCAAGUCGGCCAUCAACGUCACGACGACCGAGUUCACUCUGGGCGGCACGCUCGAGCUUGUCCCGGCCGACGCGUCGGCCGUUCCUGCCGGCACUACCGUGUACUGCGGCUUUGCCACCGGCCUCGAGGCAGCCUUCACCCUGUGGGAGGACGGCUCGUGCAAGAUCCCGACCGAGAACAUCACGACCGGCCAGACUUACGUCCUCGUCACUACCGGCCCGUCGCUCGAGGACAAGUACACGCUCGCCGGCCCGGCCAUCAUCGACACGACGCCGCAGAACACGUCGGUGACGAUCCCGGGCCUCGAGAACUCGGCUGCGUCGGGCGCAUCGUCGGCCGUCGCGAGCGCGACCUCGGCCGCCGGCUCUGCUGUCGCGUCGUCGGCGCCGGCGAGCGCUUCGCCCUCGCCUGCUGGCCUUGCUGCCGCCACGAACGCCGCCGUCUCGGGCAAGCAGAUGGCGGGCGCUGCCGGUCUCUUCGCCGCUCUCGUCGGCGGCCUCGCCGUCCUUCUCUGA